AUGGUGCAGUCAAAACUUCCACAAGGAAGGGCAGCCCUACCUGAAUGGAAAGUCUGGGAUGCUCGAGGAUACAUCCUGGAUGGAGUCACCGUCAAUGACGCGGAAUACUUCGGGUUGCUUAAAGGGCUGGCGAUGGCUUUGGAAAGAGGGAUCCAGGACAUAGUCGUCGUAGGUGACUCGAGAAUCGUGAUUCAACAAGUCCAAGGCCUGAUUAAUUGUAAUCCGCCUAACCUACAAAUGAGACUAGCUGAAUACGAAACCCUGAAGAAUCGUUUCCAGACGGUCCGAUUGGUACACAUGAAUCGCGAGUUUAACCAGGCCGCUGAUUACCUGACAUCGAAGACUCUUGUCCAAGGUGAAUCUUGGACUGUUCAGGGUGAUAUCGAGAAACGACACCUCGAAGUAGUAUCCAAGAUUCGCGAGCAGUUAGUGAAGUCGUCAGAAAGCACCGACACUCGGGGUCACAGUAGAGAUCCCACACAGGACUCUGGUGAGCAACAUGACAAUUUGGGAACGAGACAUGGUCCUGGCCCUGAAUGUGCCCCUCUACCUUCUGCCGCCCGAGUCAUGGCGGUACUCACGAGAUCGCGAGCUCAAGACGUUGAUGAUGACGAAGUUCCGCCUAUGGGACCGCUAGAGUUUCAGGCUGAACGCUGGAGACGGAUCAAAGUUCAUCAAGAGAGUGAUGAGUAUCUAGCAGAAAUAAGGGCGUUCCUGAAUGACGACCUGGAUAGGUUCUCGUCCACGCGUUUGAAGAAAAUCAGUAAGGUCGCAGAUCACGUUCUGGAUGACCGAGGAGCGUUGUACAGACUUCCACACUCUGUUCGUGGAAGACCACGAGACGCUGUGGAUAAUCUGAGACUGGUAGUCCCGAGUUCACUCCGGGAAGACAUGUUGCAUCACGUGCAUGAAGUCUUCCAAGGUGGACAUCAAGGGAUCACUCGGACGCAUGAGAAGUUACGUACCGAAUUCUACUGGCCCGGCAUGUAUGCCGACGUCCAACAUUUUGUGAAAGAAUGCGUAGAUUGCGCCAGUGGAAAAGGGGCGCGCCCGAAUGCUGGACCUUCGCCAGGAAACAUUGAACCACGGCAUCCCUUCGAAGCAGUUUCUAUGGAUUUCGUGACUCAUAUGCCCGAGUCAGCCAGGGGAAAUACUUUUCUCUUGUUGUUUCAGGACAUGCUUUCAGGUUAUGUGAUGUGUAAGCCCAUGUCAUCCACUACCGCUCAAGAUGUCGCUGAGGCCUAUGAAGAGCAAGUGUUCCAGAGAUUCGGGGCGUCUUCCAUGAUACGACAUGACCAGGAUCCGCGGUUCAUGAGUGAAGUGUUCACAAGGUUCCGAGAACUCUUAGGUAUGCUACACUCGGAUAUCGUCCACAAGCGAAUGGGCAACACGAAAGAUCCGUACAAACAGUUAUUCGGAGUGUUCGAGCAUAUGUCGCUGAGAUGGAUCAAUCCGACUGGGAUGACCACGCUGAGCGACUGGUGUUCGCCCUGA